GCAGCUCGCCCUGUUCCUCCACACUUGCACCAUCUCGCUAUUGGCCAUCGCUCGUCACAUGUAAGCGAACCGGGGGGGGCAGUCGCGAGUCGGGAGAAGGGAAGAGAGGAGAGAGAAGGGGGAGAGAGAGAGAGAGUGUGUGUGAGUGAGAGUGCAUUUAAAAAAAAACAUGUUAUAUUAAUAAACAGUACUAUAUAAUAAUUAUCAUCAUCAUCAUCAUCACCUUCAUCAUUGUCAUCCGCAGCAGCAACAAUUCAUUUUGUAUUAGCAGUGUCAACAACUUAGAGGCGCGCACGCGCCGCGCAAGGCAGGAACGAGCCAGCGACUGUCACGCGCGCACGGGAGAGAGACGAGAGACGAGACGAGAGACCUCCACGACGUGGAGACGACAACAGUUUGAUUUCUCAACUACAACUUUCACGACAACAACAGCAACAGCAGCAACAACAGCCAACGACCCAUCGAUCCAGAACAACGGACCGGUGUGAACAGGACCGGCGUUCGGAUCGAGAGAGGGAACACACACACACACGGAGAGAGGCACGAGGAGUCGAGAGGCAGAGACGAGAGAGAGAGAGAAAAGAGGCAGACAAAAGCGAGCGCUACAGACGGGCGAGCGAGUGAGCGAAUCGAGCGAUCGAAUCGAGCGAGACGAGAAGGAACAAGCGGACAAGAACCGACUUUAACCCCCGAGUGAACAUGAUGAGUUCGUACCUAAUGAACAGGAGCUACGUAGAACCAAAAUUCCCACCGUGCGAGGAAUACUCCCAGAGUAGCUACAUCUCGGAGGGACCCGCCGUCGACUUCUUCGCGAGCGAAAGGCGCGUUCUCGAAUGCGCGCCGGGCGGACCGGGCAGCUACCAAAGUUGCGACGGAGUCGUGGACUCGAGUCCACCGAGGAGCGGGGUCAUGCCACCCCUCGUCCCGCCGCCGCCAACGAGCCGUGGCCCGAGUCUGACCCCUAACCUCGACUCGACCCCGAGCGCUCCGGCAUCGGCAGCCGCGGUCGUCGCUUCAACGGCGGCUGCUGCUGCAGCGGCUCUGGGGGUCUCCUCGAGCCCGCGGGGUCGGGAGUCGGGCGCAGGGGAUGAGACUCGGGGAGCCAUGAGGGCUCGAGAGGGUGGAGGAGGAGGAGGAGGUGGAGGUGGCGGUGGUGGUGGCAGGCGAAGGGACUCGCCCGAGAGGAUGGCGACCCCCGUGGUUUACCCGUGGAUGAAGAAGAUUCAUGUCGGUGGUGGAGGCGCGGUCGACUCCGAGAGCCAGGGACACGAGACCAAACGGGCGCGCACAGCCUACACGCGGCAGCAGGUGCUGGAGCUCGAGAAGGAGUUCCACUUCAACCGCUACCUCACGAGGCGGCGCCGCCUGGAGAUCGCUCACUCGCUGGCACUGAGCGAGCGCCAGGUCAAGAUUUGGUUCCAGAACCGGAGGAUGAAGUGGAAGAAAGACCACAAACUGCCCAACACCAAGAUGAGGCCGGGUCCUCCUGGACUACCCCAGGGUCUGUCUCAUCGCCCCGACUGCAGUAGAACAUAAAUAAUUACAGAUGCAAUGAAGACAGAGAGAGAGAGAGAGCUUUAGAGAGAUUCCCCUGCGUGCGUUGUUCGCGAAUGCUUGUUUUAUUUUGAGGAGUUAGGCCUAGCCUAGUCCUAUAGAUCCAAUCCUCCCUUCCUACAUAGUGGCGGCCGCCAUUUUGUUUUGAGUGGCAUUAAAAAAUGGGAACCAACUCAGGAGUUGGGGGGGGGGGGAUAAACAUUUUGAGUUGGCUACAACGAAAGACGUGGUGCGUGUGUGUGUGUACAUUGCAACCAGGGAGACAAAGGUGGUCGCGCGUGGUGCUGGCCACCCAUCCUCCCUCGCGUGCCAUGCCAGGCCUUCGUAGGGUGCUCGCUAACAGAACUUGCCCCAACGGUCUGUUAAAGGCAAUACGGGAGAUAUUUUUUGUGGGUUAUUCACCUUGCCUGGUAGUAGCGCUGUGGUGACGUUUGCCGUUACUUGGUGGCGAAAAGGGCGAGCGGUGGUUGUUUGUUGUUAUUGGCUGCACCAAGCUUGGCACCAGCACCAGUGGCACGAUCGCUUUAUUUUCUUGGCGAACGGCGGGCUGUUGCGAGCAGCCGUUGUGGCAUUGAGUAUGCAAAGGGGGAUAUUUGCCGUCACCCUGCAAAUCAAUCGGAUAGGUUGGAUGAGAGGUCGAAUCCAUUGUUCUGAGGGUUUGUAUAAUAUAAUAUGGUUCUAGUAGGGGUGUAACGAUCGACCGAUUGCAACUCAAACCUCUGGACCCCUACAUUGGAACCCUGAUUAAAUGUCAAUGCCGGACCGUGGAUACAUCCAAUCGACGAUUCUUUAUUGUAUCUCGUUUCAGUUUUUUUUCUUCUUACCAUGCAGCUCCUCUGUACGUGUACUGUAUAGGUCUGUGACGAUCCACCCACGUGAUUCCUGGUUGCAGAUCGGUUAAAUAAUAAUAUAUAGUUUCUUACUCAAAUUGUGAUGAGUGGAAUGUAUAGCGGCCAGCAGUGGCUGUGGGGGGGGGGGGGGUCACAUUGAACUCCGAUUUUAAUAGACAUGAACGUACGCAUCGGUGUCGGGGUGGGAUUCGCCACACGUGCAGUCCGAAGUUGAUAAUCGACGAAUCGCGUGCAUGGUUAACACUCCGAAAAAACAACAACAACAACAAAAACAACAACCCAACAAUAACGCCCUUGGUCAAUCCACUGCCUGAUGAAGACCGCCAACUCCGCGUACAUGGGGGUGGUCGGUGAAAGAGGUGGGUGGGGGGAAGGUCUGUCUGUGGGUGGAGGAGGUGGAAGAAGAGGAGGAGGAGUUAGGAAGAGGGUAGGGAGGAGGAGACCAGAAUCGUUUGUAGGUAACACUCGCCACUGAUGUCCAUCCGUGGCUUGCCAGGAAUCGAAUUCAUGCGAUCGGGUUGGCUGAUAUGUAGAGCGCAGUGGUGCGGACCGCUGCUCCACCCCCCCCCCCCCCGUGCUCCUCGCUACUUCUGUUCGCAGCAAGAGGAGCUCGCAGACUAUGAACUUGACGCACGCGCGCGCACAAGGACGGUGAUGCAUUGGAUUGAAUUCAAUGGUUAUUUAAUAAGCUAAUCAGUCACAGACGGGUACCUAUUGUUAUAUGGAAAGGGACGACGUAUACUUGUCAGUUACAUUUUUUUAUAUAUAUA